AUGACAACCGAAAAAGAGUACACUACUGUACCGGUUGAAGAUGGUAAAGAAGAAGCGGCGGUUGAUCAGAGUCCAAUGAAAUGUGUCGACGACUUCUUGAAAAUGAGCAACUAUUGCUAUUUAAUAUUACUGAUCUCAGAAUUUUUUCUACUGGUUGGAGCAGGGAAUAUGAUUUUUAUGGUAUUUGCUGGUGAGUGGCGCUUGAUCACAUUCAUGUGUGUGAUUUUUCAAGAGAUGGCCUCGCUUCCAGGUAGUGCUCCCCGAGUAUCUUGUCAUGGAUCGAAUUUUACAAUCAAAGACGUUUGCAAGAGCCAUCUAGACCCAAACAAGUUAACUGAUUGUGAUUUGGAAGUGAACUACGAGUUCAAAUCGCUCAAUGUUGAGUUUGGCUAUCUAUGUGCUGAAGGACGAUGGGUGAAGAGUAGUAUCUCGGUACAAAUGGUUGGCGUUUUGAUAGGUACCCUAUUCUUUGGCACAAUGAGUGAUCGAUAUGGCAGAAAAUCGAGCCUCCUUAUUUCGUACGUCAUGACAUCAGUGUUCAGUAUCGCAGCAUCGUUCUCGAAUUCACUUGUUGCCUUCACAGUUCUACGCAGCAUUCUUGGCUUCUUCAGUGGAGGACUUUUGGGAACCUAUGGAGUAUACAAAAUGGAGCACAUCCCUAAAAGACACAGAUUCUGGGUGGCUACCGUAAUCGCUUGGGCUCCGAAUUUCAUAAUGCUCAACGUCGUCGCUUAUUUCUCACAUGAUUGGCGGACAUUUCAACGAGUAUUGGUCAUCAUCAGUUCACCAGCUAUAUUAUUGUUUCUUUUUGUUCAUGAAUCACCUCGAUGGCUUAUCCAAAAAGGAAAGAUAAAGGAAGCUCGUCAUGUUCUUCAACGUAUUCAACACAUUGAUCGUCAAAAAGAAUCAAAAAAAGAGGAAAUGGAAAAGAUGCUCGACAUUGCUCAUCAGGAAUUGCAAUUACGUGAGAAGAAAAUGAAAAACUACAAUGUACGACAUCUGUUCUACAAUAAAGAGAUGACGUUGGCCACGCUUGUGUUCUGCGGUGGAGUGCAAAGAAUUAGCUUUGUAGAAGAGUUUCUUGUAGAAACGAGCACUCGUCUUUUUUGCAGAUUCAUGUCGAGUAUGAUCAAUUAUGGACUAAUCUUCAACAUUGAAACACUAUCUGGAUCGUUCUUCGUCAAUUCUAUUUUGAUGGGAUUCAUACGAUGGAGCAUCAACAUUGCUUUUGGUAUUUUCAUUACAAAAACGAUCUCGGCCAUCGAAUACUAUCCUACUGUGGUUCGAAAUUCUGGGCUGGCAUUCAAAUCAACAUGCAGUCGUCUUGGUACUAUUCUUGCACCUCAGCUUUUCAUUGUGAGCUCAUGGGAUUCACUUCCGUACAUUGUACUUACUGCUAUGGCCGCUCUCGAUACAAUGUUCUAUCAGCUGGUAAUACCAGAAACAAAGGGAAAACCAUUACCAGAGAAUCUUCCACCUAAACGUGAGAAAAUCCGCGCAAAUUUGCCAAGUGUUUACAAUGUUAUUACAAAUUAA